AUGUACCGCCUGGCCGAUUCAUCCUGCGACUCUAGCAACAUUUCACGAUCAGCUGCUCGGCGACCCCGGUCUCGAGAAUCCUCUCUCGUCGUGGCUUCAAAUAUAGACACCAACCUCAAUCCCAGUGCCAACACCGCAGACAAAUCCAAUACUAGUCACAAUGCCACAUCCAGCCCCGACAUGGACGUUGAUGCCGUACCAGUCGCGGAAUCAAAUAUGGGCGUGCCUAUUACUGCUGAUUUGGGUCAACUGUUCCCAUCGUCGGUGGAUAGCUCCACCGGGAUGUGGUCGUGCGUUUCGCAGCCGAUUUGGCAUGACCUAGAAGGGCAGGCGAACGAGCAGGACUGGGCUUCACACAUGCUCAACUCCAUCGAUCAGCAGAUAGACGGACCCUUAUCGUGUCUCGACACUGUACCAAGUCUCUUCGCUUGGGGAAAUAGCGGAUGCACCUGCCUCGGAAGCGAACUUCUCAUGACUACCAACAGCAUCGGUGGUAUGGUCGACAACAGGGACAGCCCUGACGCUGGUAUCUCGCAACUGUCCCAGCUAAGCAGUCGCCUAUCCUCACUGUAUCGUUGGAGUUGCGCUGCUGCGGACAACCAGGAGUCCUCCUCUCAAUCAAACGACUCAUCCGAAGCAUAUUCAAAUUCCCUGAUCAAUGAUGUUGCCUUCAAGUCAGUGGCAUCGUGGCUUGUCCACGUCUCCUCUGAUACGAGGGGUUUCCCCUGCGCGGACCCGAAGACAAGCAGCCUUGACCAAUUCUCGACGAAUGAUACCCUCCACAAUGUCUUUACAGCCUCAUACCAGUUUCUGGAGAUCCUGCGUGGCUUACAGCCCGAAGCGUGCAGUAGAGCUCAGGCGUCUAUUUUCGACUCACAGGGAGGAAUUUGUGAUGAUACCUGGAUCAACACACUACCAGCAUCAAUUUCCAUACCGGAUGUACAGAUUGUUGCUCCCCAGCCCGAAGAGACUUCAUAUUGCAAUAUCGUUGAGCGCCACUUGAUCAUUGCCUGCCAUACUUUGCUCCUCAAGAUUUACGUGGCCGUAUUCACAUCCCUACAGUGUGAUGUUGAUCGUUGGUCCUCUCGUCUGCGCCCUGGCAAUGUUGAGCAAGAUGAGGACGCGAAAGCGGCCUCCCUAGCUGAUAUUCGACUUGUUUUAGUCGUGCAGCUCUGCAACUACAUUCUGGAGCGCCAAUACCAAGCCGUUUCUGGUUGUUUGGGUCCGCAAUUAUCUCUCGUACCGUCUCAGCCGGCUGAGCUCUCUGGUACUUCUCAGGCCAAGCUACAAGGUAUGAACAUUGGGCCGGACUCGGAGGUCCAACGUCGGCUGGUACACCUUCGGCAAUCAUUGCGCAUGUGA